CGGCUACUAACCGCUUCUUCUUCUUCUUCUUCUUCUUCUUCUUCUUCUGCAGUUGCAUCUCUCGAGGGUUUGUACGGAUCGCUCAACACGCCAAUGGCGCUCGCUGGGUGGCGAAUCGGAGGCGGCGAUCCGUGCGGCGGGGAGCCGUGGAUCGGGGUCUCUUGCUCCGGGCCCUCCGUUGUUUCCAUAAAUAUUAGUGGGUUGGGAAUCGGUGGGUUCUUGAAUCAACAGCUCUCCAACCUCCUCUCUUUGAAAGAAUUGGAUGUGAGUAAUAAUACCAUUGGUGUUGAGAUUCCGUAUGGUUUGCCCCCUAAUGUGACUCGCAUAAACUUGGCGGCGAAUAAGUUCGAGGGGAGCAUCCCGCUGUCGUUGUCCUCGCUGAAGUUUCUCAAGCAUUUGAAUUUCAGCUAUAAUAAUCUCCUCGGACCAAUCGGCAAUGCUUUUACGGACAUGCAGAGUCUAGAAACAUUGGACUUGUCAUUCAAUCACUUCACUGGCGAUCUGCCGACCUCAUUUGGCUCGUUGACGCAUCUUCAUUCUCUUUAUCUACAAGGCAAUGAAUUCACUGGCUCUGUGAUUCUACUAGCAAAUCUACCACUAUCCAUUCUUAACCUUGAAAAUAAUCACUUCAGUGGUUAUAUCCCAAAGCAGCUUGAGUUCACUCCUCAACUGAGGAUCGACGGAAACCUCUUUCAACAGAGUAUUAAUGGGAGCACUCACUCCCCUUUAUCAUCGACAGACAAUAAUGUCAGCCACAGCCCUAGGGUUUCUCAAGUUUCUUUCAGCUAUCCUUCUAAGACUGUCCAUAACAAGCACCGGAAGAAGGUCGGAAUAGCUGUCAUGGUCGGUGUCGUGGGCAGUUUAUUUGUGAUUGCUGUAAUUUCUGCUAUCGUCUUCAUCAUUAACGCUCGCAGAUAUCAUAAAAACAACCCCUAUUGGUCUAAGAGCAGCAGCGAGUCUCUGUGCUCUCUUCCAAUUACAGCACCAGCAGAACCGAGAAUACACUUCGAAGAAUGCAUCUGGGAUGCUCCUUCAAUGACUGGUGUGCAGCCUCCUCCCUUGCUUCAUCAGAUAAAAUCCGAAAAGAUCUCCACAAGAAGAAGUUCCGUUAAGAGAUCGAAAAACCUGGUAACUGCGAAGCUGUACUCAGCUUCGGAAAUUUUAGCAGCUACGAAGAAUUACUGCUCAGAGGGCCUUAUCGGCAAGGGCUUGAUAGGUCGAGUUUACCGAGCUGAAUUUCCGGAUGGCCAGAUAUUGGCUGUCAAGAAGAUAGACAUGAUAGAGCUAACUUUAUACGAAGAAGACGAGUUUCUGGAUGUGAUCUGGAGUAUCUCACGUUUAAAGCAUCGGCACAUCUCUACACUUUUAGGCUAUUGCGUGGAGCAAGGACAACACGUUCUUGUGUAUGAAUAUGCCAAAAAUGGGUCUCUUGAUGAUGUUUUAUUUUCUCCCAUCAGUAAAUGCAAGGACCUUUCAUGGAAAGCCCGCCUGAGGAUCGCUCUUGGUGUUGCCUAUGCUCUUGAAUUUAUGCAUUGCAUAUGCUCCCCUCCGGUUGCCCAUGGAAAUGUUAAAGCGACCAAUAUAUUGCUGGACGACAAGCUUAUGCCGCAUAUUAGUGACUGUGGACUUACUGUGUUAACUCAUCUCGUUAGCGCUAAACAAAAGGCAGCUGGAAAGCUUGUUGGUUCAAAAGGCUAUGCCGCGCCGGAGAUCGCUACUCCUGGAGUAGAUAAGAAAAAGAGUGAUGUUUACAGCUUUGGAGUAGUUCUGCUUGAGCUACUAACAGGCAGAAGAGCUUUUGACAGUUCAAGGGAGGAGGAGCAGCAGUUUUUGGUUAACUGGGCAUCUUUGCAUCUCCACGACCUCAGCUCGUUGGAAGGAAUAACCGACCCCCAAAUCCGAGGCAACAUUCCUUUGAGAGCCCUCUCCCGCUUUGCCGACAUCAUCUCACUUUGUAUUCAGCCGCUGCCCGAAUUCCGGUUGUCGAUAUCUGAGGUAACGGAAAGGCUGGUCCGUCUGGUUCGGAAGAUGGGUCAACACGACAGGCCGAGCACUGCGGACCAUUCCGACCCCGACGUUUCCAACUUCUCCUUCCGAACGACCCUCCCUUACUUUGACCCCUCGACUUCUCCUUCAUCUGCUUGAUGCUCUGCUCUUUCCGACUCAGAAAGCAGCAGUGAAACUGUACGACUGACGGAGUCAGACACCAAGAAUAGGUUUUUUCUGAGAAUCUCAUAGUAUGUUUCUCAUUCCAGUAAUGUUCAUAUCAUUCGGUUAGCUGUAAAUAUGGUGUAGAUUGCAACUUCGAGAUCUAGCACCUUGACCUUUCUUCUUUUUUUUAAUCUUUUUAUGCUACUCUUGUCGCGCCAAAACUCGUGAAAUCAACUGAAUUGAGAUUCGAGUUCGAUAUCUACCGUUUA